CCAUGGGGAGCACCUUCAUCUGGAGAAAAGCAGCAGUUCAGAAAGGCAGCCCCGAACGACCCCGUCUCCCCACCAGUAUACUCACAUUCCCGAGGACAACUGGAGAUGUGCCGUAAACAAACAAGAUCAGACAUGGCCUCUUUCCUCCCUCUGGGCCAUUCUCUCCUCCACAGCACUGACAUCAUGUUCUCAGGAGAUCUUCCCACGAGGGCUUCCAGUCUUACAAACCCUUCCCUCUUCUAUCCAAAACCCAAUAGUACUUCAUUGAUCUGGCCUGUUCCUGCCCAUAGAACAGAGCAGGUCGUUCUGCUGAUCUUGUAACCUAUUAUGAGAUCGAUCUAACCUUCCCUUCCACUUAGUCCUCCAUUUAACUAUCACCCAUGUGCCUACGUUUUUUUAAAAUGCCCUAAUGUAUCUGCCCCUACCAGCACCCCGGCCGGACAUUCAAUGCAUCCAACACUCUACCUCUGGCAUCCCCAGUACUUUCCUCCAAUCACCCCAAAACUAUGCCCCUAGUAUCAGCCUUUUCCUGCUAACCUUGGCUGUGCUCCCUUUUCUCUGAUUAUGCCUAUUCCCAUAUCCGAUCAUACUACCGCGUCAAUAUUUCUGUGGUCCCAACAUGCUCAUCUCCACCUCUAUCUUAGCAUCUUCAUCCACGCCAAUUUGGUCCGAGAACCCUUUACUUCUUCGUUGAACAGAAGCCCAGUCUCCCCGUGACAGAUGCCUGAACGUGUUCUCACAGUGAAUAACUUCGACUGAAUCCAAGUCAAAGGUCCUCACAGGGGUCCGAGCCUCUCUCUCUCUCUCUCUCUCUGGGUUACGUGGAGCAGUUUAACUUUCAGUCCUAGCUUAUUUUUAAUAUUGCUUUGUUCAACUUCUUUUCCAUUACACCGAGGACUGUAUUAGUACUGCUUCCUGCCCUCCAACACAACACCAAUAUAUCAACCGAUUUGCUGCCAGUUUCCACCCCAUUCUUCAGGUACCUGCGCACCGUGCCGCCGGGGGUUACCUGGGUUAUGUACCGGAGUUAAAGCGGGAAAUCGUGCAAAUCUCAGCAGCACGAUCUGUGGAGCGAGGAGGGUUAACGAACGUUAAUGAAAAAGAGAGAAAAUAAUUGUGACAUGGUACAGCUGUCGGCAGUAAGCGGUGAGAAGAUCUUUGACAAGUACAUACUGCCCGUCAAGUCCAUCUCAGAAGGUGCAUCGGCUAUUAAUGGGUUUCAGGUCAUGGAUGGGGUGCUGUACCGGUUUGGGGAACCUCAAUCCACCAGCAGCCUCCAGGAAACCAUGGAAGCUUUCCUGCAGUUCCUGAAGGCUCUGGGCACCCCUUUGCUAAUAGGUCACAACAUCUGGAAGUUUGAUGCCCCUAUCCUAUUACGAGUCUUGGAAGAGCUGUCCAUGAAAGAUCAGUUUGCCAGUUGUAUAACCGGGUUCCUGGACACCCUCUGGCUCGCCGAGUGUGCUGUCCCCAGGUCAGAGGUUAAAAGCUAUAUGCAAACUGAAUUGGUGCAAGUAUUUCUCAAGAAAGGUUAUAAAGCUUACAAUGCUGUAGAAGAUGCAAAGAGUUUGCAGGAGCUGUAUUCUGUCCUUAAAUCCCAUGGAGGACACAAUUACAAGAUCAUGUUCAAUAGGAUGAUUAAUCAUGGAAAUGCUGCCGGAUUGUCCCAUUUAUCCUUUGGGGAAAAAAUCUGAAAUAUUUAAGAAAGAGGACGCUCCUGGACAUAUUCUCCCUAAUGCGAAUUCAAAGUCCCCCUAUAAUGGCAGAGAUGAUCCAAUAGGAGACCAGAAAAGAUCCCACACUGUCUCAUGUCUGCAGAACCACCCAAAAUGUGCAGUAGAAACUCCAGUUCCCUCAUUCUUAUCACUGCCAGGCUGAUCUUGCCCCUGACAGAGGCAGCCUUAUGUGGGGAUUGAGAGUUGCUGAGAGCUAAACUUUUGGAGGAACAACAUGGCAGUUAUCUAAGCAUGGUCAAAAUGAAAGCAUAGGCUCAGAUAGAUCAGCAGAUUGAGCAACUUGCCAUGCACCGUUCGGGAUGCCAACACAUCCAGAAGAGUGUCCAGAGCUGUCAGAACCAUUUCCUGCAGUCCCAGAAUCAACUCCUACAACCACCAUGGAGGAGGCCCAGAACCUGAGAUUGCUUUACAGCCACAAGCCAUACAGGUUGAGAUGCAUUCUCUAUUGAGUUGCACUUUCUAACUAAACGGAGAAGUGAUCUGUACUUAAUAUUUUACUAUUGUAAAUAAAUUGUUUGAUUAAGUA